UUCACACUAAAAAACACAAAAUAAAUAACCUAAUUUCAUUAUUACCGUUCAUUCAUGUAUCCCCCGUCACCCCCUAUCAUAACCUUGUCUAAUAAUAAAAACUUUCAUUAAGAUUUUGUUUUAAACGUGUCAUACUAUCAGAGAACAAUGAUGAAGAAUCCUUUUCUAGCCACUCUAAUCUUAACCAGCCCCCUAUGAAAGUAAAUUCAAAUUUUCCAUGAGUUUUCGUGCCCCUUAGACCCCUAUCCUUCCUUUUAGAGAGAAUCAACCCCUAUUGUUUCCAUUUGUGUACACCACAACCAUCACCACCAUUUACUACUUUAGACCCCAGUUCAGCACCUUGCUAAAAACGUUCAUAAUUAUCAAAGAACAAUUGAUGAAGAAUCCUUUUUUAGAACCCCAUCUUCAACCACCCCUCUACGAAAGUAAAUCCAAUAUUUUCCAAGUUAUUCUCGUGAUCUUUAGACUCCUCCACUUUCUUUUAAGGAGAAUCAACCCCCGUUGUUUCCAUUUGUGUACACCACCACCACCACUUACUAGUUUGGACCCCGGUUCAGCACCACGUUCAUACUUUUACUCGGUUACCCGCAUAGCUGCUUCGCCAUUAUAAAAGCCGGUCUCUCCUUUCCUCUCCUCUCUUUCUCUCUUUUCUCCUCUCUUGCCUCAUCGAACCUCUCAGCGACGACGACGCAUUUCGCAGCCGUUCAACCUGCGUCCCUACAGCAUUCUCUUCGCGAUCACCGACCCCAUGUGCUUCGCUCGCGCUCAAAAAGAAAACCGCAUUAUCAAGAUGACAGCCAAAUUAGUUACAGCGGAUUAUGUGGUGAUCGUGGUGAUGCUACUCAUCAGUUCUGGUAUCGGUGUUUAUUAUUGGCUAACAGGUGGACGACAAAAAUCGACAGAGGAAUACUUCGUAGCAAACAAAUCUAUGAGCGUCUUAACGGUAGCGAUUGGCUUGAUGGCUUCAUACUUGUCGGCGGUCAGCCUACUAGGAGUCAGUUCGGAAAUUUACGUUUACGGUUCUCAGUACGCGGUGAUAAACAUCUCCUACGGCAUUGCUACUGCAUUCGUUGUCUACUUUUACUUGCCUGUUUUCUUUGAGCUCGACGCCACCAGUGCAUUCGAAUAUCUUCAGAAACGUUUCGGUACGCCGACAAGGUUGUUAGCCAGUGUCGCCUUUUUCCUACAACUUCUUUUGUACACCGGCGUCGUGCUCUACGCGCCGGCACUCGCGUUGGAAGCUACGACAGAUAUCUCCAGGAGUUUGAGCGUGAUCGGCAUCGGAUUGGUCUGUACGUUUUACUCGGCGAUCGGUGGUAUCAAGGCGGUACUCAUUACCGACGUAUUCCAAAGUGCCCUAAUGAUUAUAGCAGUUAUCACGGUUAUCGUUACCGCGGCAAUAGACGUUGGUGGGCUUGCAAGAAUUUGGGAAAUUGCUGCUGAAGGUUCGCGAUUGGAAUUUGAUAACAUUUCCCCUGAUCCAACAGUACGACAUACUUGGUGGAGCUUAUCGGUUGGUGGUUUUUUUACGUAUCUUUCCUUGUACGGUGUCAAUCAAGUUCAAGUUCAAAGAAUGCUAACUGUCAAGAAUCUGGGAGCGGCCAAACGGGCUCUUUGGUGUAGUUGGCCAAUAGCGUCUAUCAUGUCAUUGACCAUUUGCUUUGCUGGCUUGUCGAUAUAUUCUAAGUAUCGUGAUUGUGAUCCCUUGAACUCUGGAAGGAUCACUUCCAACGACCAACUUAUGCCAUUUUACGUAAUGGAAACAUUGUCAAAGUAUCCUGGAGUACCUGGACUCUUUAUAGCUGGAAUUUUCAGUGCCGGAUUGAGCACGGUAUCUGCAACGGUCAAUUCCUUGUCCGCAGUUAUUCUCGAGGAUUACAUUAAACCAUUGUACCGAUACAAAAGUAAAGGUAAAGAAAUGUCAUCGACAAGAUCUAUAGUUGCUAGCAAAGUAUUAGCAGUCGUUGUUGGAUCAAUGUGUCUGGGAGUAGCUUUCUUAGCACAACACUUGGGUGGACUACUUCAAGCUGCUCUAACGAUAUUUGGUGUAGUUGGAGGACCAGUAUUGGGUACAUUUACAUUGGGUAUGUUCACUCAAACCGGAAAUCAAAAGGGUGCUAUCACUGGAUUAAUACUUGGCUUAGCUUUUUCAUUUUGGAUUGGUUUCGGUCAACCUAAAGCACCCAUACCAAAAUUACCAGUAUCCACAAUUGGAUGCAUCAAUAAUUCAACUUAUAAGAAUAUAAUGAAGCCUGAUACAUUUGAUAAGUUAACCAACAAGGAUUCUAUUUUUUAUCUUUACCGAUUAUCCUACAUGUGGUACUGUCCACUCGGAUUUCUCAGUAGUUUAUUAAUCGGUUGGAUAAUCAGUUGGCUGACUGAAAUAAUUUGCUUCAAAAAAAAGGAAGAAAUGGUAAUAGAUUUGCGUUUGUUAACGCCGAUAAUUGCAUCGAGUAUACAAAAGAGGAACACACGAAAAAUGACACACGACUGAUGAACAUCAUGAAAUGAUUUCAUGAUGGUUUUCUAAACAAACAAACAGAACAAAGAAAAAUAAUGAUAACGAUUAAAUGAAAAGAAGGAUCCAUUGGGAAUAAGAAAUUUUCCGGAUGAACGAACAAAUGAACGAACGAAUGAACGAACGGACACGUUAUCGUCUUAUGUAAGCACCGUAAGCCACGAUGAUAUUUUCACCAGGAGAUGGUGUGUUCGGGUUCUCUCUUCGUGUCACCUUAGGACGGUGCGAGGGCGAGGGCGAGGGUGAGGGUGAAGGUGCUCGUUCGUUCGUUCGUUCGUUCGUUCGUUCGUUCGUUCGUUCGCUCAAACACAGGCAAACUCGUGUACGCGCGUGUGUGUGUGUGUGUGCGCGCGAGCACGGUAACACCAGUCCGACGGCAUUCCAUCGAGAUUUGCGAACGUUUCGGUAAACGUUCAACGUAUCCGCACGGGUCCCCCCGGUGUUUACCUCCGUUAUCGUUACACAAUACGCCGGAGGGAAAAGAAGAGGGGGAGAAAUGAAUUCUUUCUUCUUUUUUCGUCCUUUUUCUUUUUUUUGCUUUUUAUUUUUAUAUAUAUAUUUUCUUCUCGUUUGGAUUUGUGAACAAUCUCGAUAUAGGAUAAUAAUAUUGUCAAAUGAAAAAAGUGGGUUUUUUGAUUGGUAAGGAAAAGAAGGAAUUGGGGGUUGGGGGGGUGUUGAGGAUGAAAAUAUUCGUAUAAAUGGUUUUUUAUAUUCGUUUUGUAUAAUCGAACGAUUAAUGGUAUUUCAUGUAACUCUUAAAGUAUUAUCAUAAAUUGAAUCUUUUGGCAAGACCCUGUAUGUGUAAUAAUAUUUGUACCCGCUUAUGUUAUAUGAAUGUGUAAGUGCGUGCACGCAUAUGUAUAUACGCGUGUGCGCGUUUGUGUUUGGAAUUUAUUUUUAUCUUUGAAAGAGACCGGUGAAAACGUGUCUUGGAAUGAGUCCUUACUCAUCUUCGGUGUUUCUCGAGUACCUUGACAUGGUCGGUACGUUAAUAAGAGAGUAAAAGUAAACUGAGGUCACUACUUUAUGAAGCUUGGAGAAGAAUGACGAGAGUAAAGGGGAACACCGUUAUAUAGUGUAUUAAUCGAACGGGAAAGCUAUAUGUAUGUGCAUGUGUGUGUUUGUGUGUGUGUAUGUUCGAAGGUUUUUCAAAGGUUCCGAUUGAAAAAUCUGAAGGUAGGAUGAUGAUCCUUUAAAAGUUGGGAAAAGAUGAUAUACUUUUAGUAAAAAACUCACUUGGAUUGGUGAAAUGCAAGAAAAUGGAUGAUAGAACCUUUUUGUUUCCUAGCACGAAGUAAAUACGUAGUUUAAUGAGAGACCACGAGUAAAAUGCACCUAACGUUCAUUAUAAUAAAAUACCUGUUUGUUCAUUCAGGCGCUAAUGCGCUAGCAAAGCGUACGGGAAUGCUUGCGUUCUCAUCGAAUGUGUAUACCUCCCCAGUGGUGGUAUACACGUACUUAGGUAUACAGGCAUAGUAAACACAGAUAUCUUUUGCUUCCUCUCUCUUUCUCUUUCUCUCUUUUUCUUUUACUCUACUAUUUUAACUAAUCUUGAAAUUCUCUCGCUCAUCAAAUCCUUUAAACCGUAAAUAAGUUGAUAAAAUAACACAAAUAGACUAGACUGAUAUAAUUUUAAUCUGAUCAUUUUUAAUAUUGAUAUUCAUAAUCGAAUUUAAUAUAUUCACUGUGAUUUCUUGAAUUUAUAAUAAUAUUUAUGUCUACGAACAGGUUGCUUUGAGAGAUUUUGGAACUGAUAUUUGUGUUUCCUAUCGUAUUUUCAUGAAUAUUAUUGCCAUUUCUUAUUUUUUUUUUUCAUUCUCAUACAUACGGCCUCGACUUUUUUCUUUUCUUUUUUUUUGCAUACUUGGUAUUAUCAUACUUGUUGAUGUCACUUAAUAAGUUACAAGUAAAUAUAUCUCAUAAUCGGACAAAAUGUUCAAGUUGAAGACUGAAAAAAUUCAUUUCUAUGGGAAUGAAUAAAUUAUCGUGAACUCUAGCUGUCAUGUUUUCAAAGAUUCGCCUUUAUAAAUCAUUUAUCUUUCACGAUCAAAAAAAGAAAAAGAAAUAAAACAAAAAGGUACAGACGAGACGACGAGUCUUGUAACAGAUUACGUGACUCACCAACCCUGUAUAAUGCAAAUUUCGUACUAGCACAAAUCCGCUAGAUGUGCCUUGACCUUCCUGCAGAAAAAAAUCCUUCUUACACGAGAAAAGAUGAGACGAGACGAGACGAGAAGAAGCACCGUUUUCUGAACGUUUCUCCAUCAGAGUAAAAUAACACACCAUCGACAUUAUAUUCGCUUGAGCUAGAGAACGACAAGACGUUAACGUUCGUUCUGCAUUCGUGGCAAUUUUAAUUUACUAUCCUUUCUUGGACCGGUACUGAAUUCAUUCCUAGAAUUAAAGGAAGCUACCAACAACAACAACAACAGCAGCAACAGCAACUUGUGUUAUUAACGAAUCUAACUGUAUUAAACGAAAACUUUAA